UCACAUGCACAGAUAUGCACACACACACCCCUUGCGGUGUUUUCCGGGAUCACGCCACCGCUUCCACUUGGGAUCCACACAGCAGCAGCGAUAUGGCUGAUCAUCGCCGGACGGGACGGUGUCGAUCAUGAGCGAAAGUAAAGGCAAAUAAUGCACUAUUACAAGCCAGCGAUGCAGCCAGUCAGGCGAGGGGACACUGCGACACACCGUAAAACACAGGGAUAAGAGUUAACCGACGGCUAAUAGGCAAAUCUGGUGUGUUUUCACAGCAAAGUAGUUGGAGGAACUUGUCGCAGUGGAUUCAUCCCGGCGUGCUGCCUGGAUUACCAUACACAAGUGGAACAAUAGUCUCCUGCAGCAGAAAAACAUUAGCAGCCUUUGGGCCCCGGUGGUGCGGUUGAGAAGAUGGACAGGAUGAAGAUAAUCAAGCGGAGGCUGUCCAUGUCUCUACGCAGUGCUCGGCCCGUUGACGACUCCCUGUCUGAACUGGCAGAACAGAUGGCCUUGGAUGAGCCAACCGCAGCCAGGGACAAUGAGCCCGUGGUGGUGUGCGCCGUGCACCCUCCCGCAUCCCAUAGUGCUCCCUCCUUCCUGCGUCAAUACGCUGGUCAUCUGGGCCGCACCGCCCUGCGCAGAGAACCAGGUGGGGGGCUGGAAAGAGACAGAGCCUACCUGAGCCUGCACAGGACUGGAUCUCUGGGUAUUGUGCAUGAGAAUGUGAAGAUGGGUUCAGAUGGAGAGAGUGACCAGGCGUCUGGCACGUCUUCAGAUGAGGUCCAGAGUCCAGUCAGGGUCCGUAUGAGGAACAACCACCAUCGGCGCAUCUCUAAUGAGGACAUAAACAAACGUUUGUCUCUCCCAGCUGAUAUCAGGCUACCGGAGGGCUACUUGGAGAAGUUUGCCAUGAACAGCCCGCCCUUUGACAAACCCAUGAGCCGCAGGCUACGACGUGCUUCAUUGUCUGAGAUUGGCUUUGGGAAACUUGAGACCUACAUCAAACUGGACAAACUAGGAGAGGGGACGUACGCUACAGUGUUUAAGGGUCGAAGCAAGUUAACAGACAACUUAGUGGCUCUGAAAGAAAUCCGCCUGGAGCACGAGGAGGGUGCGCCCUGCACAGCUAUCCGAGAAGUGUCUCUGCUGAAAGACUUGAAGCACGCCAAUAUUGUCACUCUCCAUGACAUUAUCCACACUGACAAGUGCCUGACACUCGUAUUUGAGUACCUGGAAAAAGACCUGAAGCAGUACAUGGACGACUGUGGGAGCAUCAUGAGUGUUCACAAUGUCAAGAUCUUUUUAUUCCAGCUGUUACGAGGUCUGGCGUACUGCCACAGACGGAAAGUCCUCCACAGAGACCUUAAACCCCAGAACCUGCUCAUCAACGAAAAAGGAGAGCUAAAACUGGCAGACUUUGGUUUGGCACGAGCCAAGUCUGUCCCUACGAAGACCUACUCGAAUGAAGUUGUGACAUUAUGGUACCGACCACCAGAUGUGCUUCUAGGCUCCACUGAGUACUCCACACCCAUUGACAUGUGGGGUGUGGGCUGCAUCUUUUAUGAAAUGAUCACAGGCAGACCUCUCUUCCCUGGAUCGACUGUGGAGGAUGAGCUUCACCUCAUAUUCCGCAUCCUUGGUACGCCUACAGAAGAGACUUGGCCAGGUAUCACCACCAGUGAAGAGUUUAAAACCUACAAUUUCCCCCGAUACCACGCAGAACCCCUUGUCAACCACGCACCCAGAAUAGACAAUGAUGGUCACGACUUGCUCUCAAUGCUUCUACAGUUUGAGGCUAAGAAGCGGGUAUCAGCUGAGGAUGCUCUCAGGCACUCGUAUUUUAGAAGUCUCGGAGAGCAGGUUCAAACACUGGCUGACACUGCUUCCAUCUUCUCCGUAAAAGGCAUUCAGCUCCAGAGAGAUCCAGGAAAAAGAUCCUCAGUUUACCCGGAGUCAAUCCAGGGGAAGAGCAGGAGGCAGAGUGUGUUGUUUUAGUGCUGGCGGGGGCGCUGAGGUGAGGAGGACAGUGACACGUGGAGCUGUCCUGUCAGACAUACAUUCACUGACCCUGCCACACACACACUGAAGGAGCAACACACACCCUGCCACAUACACACACACACACACACACACACACACACACACACAAAAAAAAAAAGAAGAAAACAUAUAUACACACACACACACACACACACAACAAAAUGAAAACAAAACCACACACAACUAAGGCUGAAGAAUUCAUACUUGACUAUAAUAAAAAUAAAGACUCAGUUCAACCCUAAAGACAGAAAAAUUCAAAGUGAGAUACAUGCGUGAUGCUGGAAGAAAAGUGGGAGAGUACAAGAUUCUCCUUGCUGCUGCUACCGCCGCUGUCCAGAAGAGGUCAGCGUUUAGGAUGUGUGCUGACUUUGGGUUUUUGAACAGAACUUGCUGCAUCAGUGAGCUGUGAGGAAGAAGAAGGAAUGAACGUGGACACAAUUCAAAGACAAGGAAAGAGAGAGGAACCCUGUCGCUCUCUUUCAUGAUUAUUUUUCGUUUAUGUCUCGGACUGUUGUUGUACAUAAAGAGACUGAGCUGUAGAACUCCGCUUUUUCAUAACACGCCUCAGCCUGAAUCCAAACUCUGAAUAUUGCACCUCAGCCCUAGACCCUCGCCUAACCUCUUGGCCCUUUAUUACAUGAUCUUUAAAAAUAACACACACACACACACACACACACAUAUAUACAUUUCUCUCUCUCUCUCUUAUCCUCUAUCUUUCUAUAUCACCCUUAAAUACAUAAACAUAAACACACACACUUGAAAGUUCAUUUGAAAGUUAAGAGUGUGUAGAUCAUUGGAGUUUACAGAGAUAAACUUUAGCACCUUAUUGUCCAGUCGAGGUCAGGGUGGUCGUCAUUAUGUUACCUCAUCAGUCUCUCAAGCAGAGUAGGAUGUAAAGUACACGCUAGAUUACUAAAAUGAAGAAGAAUCAAAAUAAUGAACCAAAAAAAAAAAGAAACUACAACUCACUAACCAUAGGGAAAUGGACAGAUGUAUCGGAUACCACCACACUACAAUUUAAUAAGCACUCUGCGACUCACAAACCAGUAGUAGACAAUAAUUGCAUUUGUCAUACACUUGCUGUAAAGAACACUACGCUGACGCUUCUGUUUCAGUACACGAGGGACAACACUGAAGGACAGAGAGGUAAAGGAAGUGUACAAAUCCUCACCUGCUUAUUCUUAGACACCCCCUUCCUCUUUUGCCUUGACUCAGACAUUGUCUUGAUUCGUUGUGUGUUGUACAGGUGUUGAUGUUGAUGUUCUCUCUGCACCUGAUUUUACCUCUUUAGAUCAUGACUAAGACCAUUCAAUAAGCCCACCUUCUCCUGCGUGACUCCACAAGCUUUUAUUAUUACUCUUUUUUUCUUUCUUUUUUUUUUAUCUGUAUAUAUGAUCAUACUUUUUACUUGUCAGAAGCAAUGAUAAUUCCAGGACGCUGUUCUCAGUCUUUACUGUGUUCCCACUGGAACAGUUGGCGACUGCCUGGGGACGUGUUGCACAUUCCUUGAGCUCAGGACUUAUUGCUAGUGUCGUUUUGUGGAUGCUGUGAGGUACAGCUGGUCUUGUAUGUCCCCCAACCUCAGUAGAGCAGAGUGCGUUGAACAUGGCCUGAAAACCCUUUGCAAAGCUGUUUCAAAACUGUAUGUGAAGAAGAAUCAUUUCUCAGCAUCAACCUGUCAGUCCUCUGUGUUAUUCAUUCUCUGUGAGUUUGACUGUAAUGUUGUUGUUCGGAGACUACCUUACCCACGUCUUUACUCGUCAUCUCUUAAAGCAUGUUUGUGUACUAAACGCGCAGAUGUUUUCAAUUGGUAUGUGAAAUAGCUGCUGCUGGAAAAGUUAUACCUCCAGUUGGUUUAAAUUUAGCAUGGGACAUGAUCUUAUUACAUGAUUUUUUUUUCCACAACAAACACCACAUUAACCUGUAACUGGCUCCUCAGUGAGUGUGAAGAGUGUACCUUAAAUAUAGAUGACGACAAUUACAACACAGUAUUCAGCAACAAUGUGAUGUGCUGCCAGAAUUGGGACCAGAUAGCUUGUACGACAAGUCUGACUCAACCUCAAGGUAUACAGUACAGUAAAAACUGUCAUGUAGCCCGUCUAACUGGGCACCAAAGCCUCUUGAGUAUUUAGCAGGACUUGAAGCACUCAGACACACUGUUGUUUCAUGCUGUUAUUGUUACAGGCUGCCAGAAACAACAGGACCAAAAUCAAUCCUCCAAGCACCAGGUGUUCAAGCACACAACUGUUUCACACACCAAUCAGUUGAUAUGUCAACAUGUACUGUACCUAUGAGAUGGCUUAGAGGGUGUAGAUUUAGAGUCUCCUGCUCCCCAGGCACCAACCUCGGGUCGCUUCUGUGGCUUUUUCUCGAAAUGGAUUCAGAAAAGUGUGAAGUGAUCCCACGUCUCUGCCUGUCAGAAGGACUACUUAAUUACCCAGAGUGUGACAGUAUGUAGCAUGUACAUAGAUUAUCCCUCAAUCUGUAUAUACAAAAGUGUACAGGUUUGAUACAGCUAUUCACAUUCUGGCUUUUUUUCUCUUUUCUUUAAUGAAAGUCAUAGCAAUAUUUCUGUAAUCAAUAAAAAGCCAAGGUAAUAGGAUGAGUAUGAUUGCAUUUGUGUUUAUUUAGAGAGGGGGAUAUGACUGUGAAUGAUCAAACUGUGAGACUUGACUAAAGUGAUGACAGGUUUAUUAUUUUUUGCUGUUUAACAUGCUGGAUCCAAAAGGCUGGAGUGAAGUAUCACAUUGCAAAGGAGUAUAACACACUGAUAACUUUGAUUUUUAACAAUGAAAGCCAUAAAGGUCAUAUAAAGGUGACAGAGAUCUGAUUGUGUGUGUGAAGGGUGUGUACCAUGUUUGAGCACAGACCUUAAGAAGCAAAGGGGAUGUGUACACCUAAUAAAAAAUAAAAAUCAUGUAAGUA